AAGCCGCCCCAGACAUUUAUAAAAGUCAUCUUCCUUCGCCUUCCAUUUUCAUUUUUCCCAUUGUUUCUCUCCUCCUCCUCCUUCUUCCCCACAAAUCCGAUUCCAAAAGUCCAAAGGAGGAUCUCUCGGUUUUCUCUUAGAUUUCGUGAUGGCCUCCAAGCGGAUCUUGAAGGAACUCAAGGAUUUGCAGAAGGAUCCUCCCACAUCUUGCAGCGCCGGUCCUGUUGCUGAAGACAUGUUUCAUUGGCAAGCAACAAUUAUGGGCCCUCCAGACAGUCCUUAUGCUGGAGGGGUUUUCUUAGUUACAAUUCAUUUUCCUCCAGAUUAUCCCUUCAAGCCACCAAAGGUUGCAUUCAGGACGAAGGUAUUCCACCCAAAUAUCAAUAGCAAUGGAAGCAUUUGCCUUGACAUACUGAAGGAGCAGUGGAGCCCUGCUCUGACCAUUUCGAAGGUGUUACUCUCAAUCUGCUCCCUGUUGACGGACCCAAAUCCUGAUGAUCCUUUGGUCCCAGAAAUCGCCCACAUGUACAAGACAGACCGGAACAAGUAUGAGACAACUGCAAGAAGCUGGACUCAGAAAUAUGCCAUGGGCUGAGUGACCUGUGAUGAUGUGUGUGAGAGAGAUCCCCCUCUAUUUUUCGGUGGUUAGGCCUAACAGCCUGUGUAAUGAAUAUUUGUUGUCUUCAAUCUUGAAUUGAUUAUGGCUCCUCCAGCUAAAAUGGUGGGUGGGGCAUAACAUUUUUUUCUUCUCGUGUAUUACAAACGUUACUUCCGACGACACUGAUAUGGGACCAAUGAAAACGCACGACUAAGUUCUCAACCCUGCUAUGAUCCCAUAAAACAUCCAUGUAACUUUGAUGGCUGCGAAUUGACUGAAUUUGAGGUAAUUGUGCAAUUACUAAGGGGUUUUUUAAAAUAAAA